AUGACUGCCACUGUCACUUGAUGGCCGAGAUAAUCGUCAAAAAUGAUAAACAAACUGGGAUUGUGAUUAUAUUGGUUAGCAACAAUUAGCUGCAGCAUGGCGGUGUACGCGGCGCACUUGACGAGGACCCUGCAGGGCACGCCGACGGUGUUCCAAGUCACCGCGCAGGAAGCCCUCGGGGCUACCGUCAAACCGGCGCUACGGAAAGUUGCUGAGUACCUAGCAGCAGUAUACCCCGACAAGUGUGGAUGGUGCGUGCGCUGGUAUGACGAGGUGUUCCUGCUGUUUGACUCCUGUCUGCAGUACUACUACCUCAAACAUUAUGCUGCAUCGUUCUCUGAAAGUUUCUACGACCUGAUCCGAGUGCCUACAUCUUCAUCGAAUGAGUUCAGCAGCGGGCAGCAGUUGCCGGUGUACCUGGAGCGAGCCUCGCUGGUGCUGCUGGUGCUGCUGCCCUAUCUGAAGGACAAGCUUGAGGCUCUGGUGGAACGCUGGAGGGAGGACGAUGAGGAUGGACGGUUGGGGAAGUCGACGCAAGACCGUCUCCGUCGCGCCGCCACCCGCGUGUACAUGAUAGCGCAGUCGGCGUGGUACUGUACACGGCUGGUGCAGCUGGCGCGGUACACGCGCGGGCGCAGCGCGGCGCACUCGCCGGCGCUGUGCGCGCUGGGCGUGGCGCUGCGCCCCGCGCCGACGAGGGAGCCCUCCGAGCACACCUGGGGGGAUCUGCUGACCAGUGUCGCUACUGGAGAUAUUAGUUCAGCAGCGGAAUGCCUCCCUCUGCUGGGCGGCGCGAUGCUCCGCUGUGUGGAGUACGGCGCGUUCGGCGUGCAGUUCCUGCGCUGGUGGGAGGCCGCCGCCGCGCCGCAACAAGUGCUACCCGUGCCGCCGCCGCCUAAGCGCGACGAGCGUUCAGCACGGUUCCGGAACAAAUGUCCCGUAUGUCUGCAGACGUGGAAGAUACCCACCGUAUUGCCUGUAUCCGGCUACAUAUUCUGCUACUCGUGUAUAUCGAAGCACCUGCGCAGUCACUCCGCCUGUCCACUCACGCGCCUGCCCGCCGCAGAGACAGACCUCGUGAGGCUAUACCUCGACUAGUCACCACUCUACUAGGAAAUAAACAAUAACAGUGAAAUAUGGGUACCACGGAGGAAAUAACCAUCGGAGGUGCCUUAACGGAAAAUGGAAGAAAGUAGCGCGACAAAAUGCGGAUGAGCGAGGGACGAGGAACGUUACUGUUUUCGCUUUUAGGCCUUUAUUGGAGCCGUAUUUUUUUUGUAAUACCAGUAUACAUGUCUCGAAGAACCCGAACUCGUUAGUUCACUUAUAACCGUAACUGAACGUUUUGGUAAUUGCUUCCGUACGAAUUUGAGCUAGAAGAAGGCGCCUGACCUACAGUCAACUUCAGGCCAGUGGUAACAGUUUUAUAGGAAAAUCGUACUUAUUACUAUUGAGUUAAGGUGCAUGAUAGUUACCGCCUACCGCUGAUAUGCAGUCCUGUCAUGGCAUCUCUCCUGCGUUAUGGCAUCUCUGCUUAUGUUUUCUUAUUCCGUGGUUUGUACAGUGAUUAACUAGUCAUACUAUGAUGAUGUGUAAAUCAAGAAAAAAAGUCCACAUGGUGUGUUCACCGGCCAGUAUGCUAAGUUAUUUUUUUCAGAACACCUUAUAAUUAUGCCCUUAUAAUCAUGUAUAUCAAGCAUUUUGACAUGUCAAGAUAAUAAAGCUAUUAUUCCAAUUCAAAGAUUCAGUAGUUGUGUGUAGUUUUGACUAUGACAUAAUGGCUUAUAGACUGAACUAUGUAUGUAAAUAUUAAGAUAUGUUUUAUAUAAAGUUAAUAUAAAUAACAGUAUUGAAUGCCAGUUAGGAAACAAAAGGAGAAAGGUUCGUGAUAAUUUGGUGCAGGUUUGGCAAACAAGGUUUAUUUAUGGUUUACUAGGGCAGCGGGUUAUUAAAACAUCGAAAACAAUAGUUUUCAACCUUGAGUUUUAAGAAAUAAGGUACAAUAUUCAACAAACCUUUAAGGUUGUUUGUACCUAUAAAAUGUAUUAUAUUGAUAAAUCUAUUUAUGGGCCUUACUGUGUAAGAUAAAUAAUGUUAAUGUACGAUACUGUUGUUAUAUAUCUGUAUAUAAGAAAUUAAAUUGUUAUAUUUUUAAAUAAAACACAAUGAAUA